AUAUUUUCAAAAUUUUAAAUUUUUAUUUUUCACUACACCCCUAUCCGCGACCUCCUACGCUCAAAAAAAAAUUUAAGUUCGUUUUAAAAAGUAUUUUCCAUUUCAAAAUUUAAUUUUUUUACUCCUAUCAUUUGAUCCCCCAAAUCCCGCUCCAAAAAAAAAUUAAAUUUGUUUUUAAAAAAAUAUUUUCAUUCAUAAAUCAACUAAAAAAAAUUCUAAAAAAUAUUUUCUACUAAUCAAACAAACAUCAAAAAAUAAAUCAAAAAUCUUUUUGUUUUCAAGAAAAACAUUUUUCUUUGUACCAAACACACCCAUAAUGAAAUAAGUUAUCGAUCCCGUAGAGAUGAUGAGCUUGCUAUAAAUAGGUGGAUAGGUUAACACAUUCUUCACUCAAAAAAAAAAAGUUCAAGGUACUAUUAAUCACAAGAAAGUAUGGCCUUCAACAAAGUUGCCCUCCUCAUUUUGUUUGCUAUUUUUGCUGGAACUGUUUUACUUUUAAGUGAGGUGGAUGCAGCAAAUGCUUGUCCCCGUAAUUGUAAUCCAAGUAUUCAAUAUGGGAGAUGCCCAAAAUCUGGAAACAAAAAGUUCAAAGUUGGAUGCACAAAUUGUUGCUCAGGCACUGAAGGUUGCAACUAUUAUAGUGCUAACGGAACAUUCAUUUGUGAAGGACAGACAAAAAAGACUAUAGACGAAACAAAUAAAGCUUGUCCUCGUAAUUGUAAUCCAAGAAUAGCGUACUCGAUAUGUCCAGGCAAUAAAAGGAGUGAAGGUAGAAUAUGCACCAAUUGUUGUGCAGGCAGUAAGGGUUGCAACUAUUACACUGUCGAUGGAACUUUUGUUUGUGAAGGAGAAUCUAAAGUCGAUAGCUCUUAAUAGUUUUUCUAAUUUUUGUUCGUCUGUUUGUACUUUUUUAUGUUUUCAAUAAUUACGCGUGAGCCUAUGGUUCAUUUAAGUCGUGUAAGAUGUGUUAGUGGAUGUUUACAAAUUUCAACUGUUUUGUGCUAGAUUUUCAAGAGCCUAAUUAAUGGUGUGAUGGUUUAUUUUAUUA